GAUCCGUUUUGGCGGGCGGUUGGCGUUGCGCAGAAGGCGGCGGCAGCGGUGGCUUGUGGUGUGGCCUCACUGAGGAAGAGGGCAGACGUUAGCGUCAGUGAUCACUCUUGAUCCCGGGAACCUGGUGGCCUUAGUCCUUCAGGUGGAGCAGUGUGCGACAUGGGAAAGAAAACCAAGCGGACAGCUGACAGUUCUUCUUCAGAGGAUGAGGAGGAGUACGUUGUGGAGAAGGUGCUAGACAGGCGUGUGGUUAAGGGGCAGGUGGAAUAUCUUCUGAAGUGGAAAGGCUUUUCUGAGGAGCACAAUACUUGGGAACCUGAGAAAAACUUGGAUUGCCCUGAGCUAAUUUCUGAGUUUAUGAAAAAGUAUAAGAAGAUGAAGGAGGGUGAAAAUAACAAACCCAGGGAGAAGUCAGAAACUAACAAGAGAAAAUCAAAUUUCUCAAACAGUGCCGAUGAUAUCAAGUCCAAAAAAAAGAGAGAGCAGAGCAAUGAUAUCGCUCGGGGCUUUGAGAGAGGACUGGAACCAGAAAAGAUCAUUGGGGCAACAGAUUCCUGUGGUGAUUUGAUGUUCCUAAUGAAAUGGAAAGACACAGAUGAAGCAGACCUGGUUCUUGCAAAAGAAGCUAAUGUGAAAUGUCCACAAAUUGUGAUAGCAUUUUAUGAAGAGAGACUGACGUGGCAUGCAUAUCCUGAGGAUGCGGAAAACAAAGAAAAAGAAACAGCAAAGAGCUAAAGGAUGGGGUGGUCUCUGUCAUUUCUCUUUGUACAUAAUACAUUCACCUCCCUGCCUCCUUUCCCUUCUACCCACCCUCUUCUAUCCUAAACACAUCCAUAAAAAAUGUGCUUAUCACUGUGCUCCACAGGAGAAAUGUUGGUAUUGGUUCUCUUGUAACAUAACUGAUAGUCUGAUUCAUGAUAAGUGUCUCUCUGUGAAGACCAGGCAUUUACAUACUGUGUGUAAUUCCCACAGUUUUUUCCUUUACACUGAUCUCUUCCUUCUGCUCCCCUGUGACCUCAAGAUGAGUUUUAACUUUUUAAUCACCUUAGAGUCUUGAUCUUUUCAGGGUUGUUCGCUUUUUAGAUUGGGGGAUUUUGUUACAAUGGUGAUGAAUUUUGGUUUCUUGCUUUGGUUCUUAGAACAUGUUGAUGACCAGCUGGCCCUUGUUUUGACAUGUGGGAUGGAAAGGAUGUUGCCCAUCUUUUAAAAAGCCAAUAGCAACUGCCUACGUUUUGAGGCUUCCCCACCCUUAUUCAGCUUUGCCCUGUAGAAUACAGGGUUUCUAAUGUGGUCUUCUGGGCCACCCUCAGUUGUUCAUCCUCACCCACCAUCUCAGAAUAACUCCGUCCUUUGGAGGACUUGAGAUUUUACGUUGGAAUUUGUCAAGGCUCUCCUUUUAGCCCCAGGACUUUUGGCCUUGUUCUUAGUAAUCGCUAAUUCUGCUUCUGCAAGGUGGUGUCCAUUUGUCAUAAAAUGACAAGAUUCUUAACUGUGGAGAUUUUUAUCUAUAGUACAUGAGGAUGAUGGGGUAGGGGUAGGAUACAGUUAUCUUUAUUAUCACAUAUGGUAUGUAUGUAUUAUUUCCUACCAUCCCUCAUAUUUAGACUAUAGAUUUAUGUAGGUAUGAAUGAUUGCCUGGUGCUUGCUUGUGCCAAGGUGCUAGGCACCCUCCAACCCUGCCAAUUUUUGUGGCCUCCCAAAGCAUUCCUGUUACCAAAGAGGCUUCAAACUUGACCCUCACUUCUCAGUGGACCUGAGUUUCCCUUCCAUGCCAUUAUUUUCAGUGGGGAAUUCUUGGAGGGGAGCCAUUGACCAUAAUCAAUUUAAAAUAUUCAUAGCAGUUAUAAGUUUUCUGCUUUCUUGACUCCUGGAUUUGCCACCAGGAGUCCUCAAACUAUUAUGCUCUUCCUUUUUCCUACCCUCAAACUUUCAGUUGUUUCUUAUUUUUAAAAUGAAUUUCCAUAGAAGGCUUACCACCUCAGAAACAGACAGGCCCUGGCAUUAGCAUGUUGACACAACCUUCUCUCCCUACUCAACAAAAUAUUUCCCUUUUGGUUUCCUCUUGCUUUGCUAUUAUAUUAAGAGAUUUAUCUGAUCAUAUCCUGCCUUUGUCUCACAAGAAAUGUCCUACUUUUUUAUCCUUUUCUUGUAGUUGAGGGGGGCUAGAGAAUCAAGACUAAAAGUAAGGAAAUAGCAGGGUUUUGAGCAUCCUUGUCCCAACCCCAAAGCUGAGGAAAUAAAAAUAAAUGCUUGAAAUAGCCUUAAUUCUAGAGUUCACCAGCCGUGGAGGCUGUUUUUGUUGUUGCUUUUGAUUUUUAAAACAUAUAGCUGUGUGGCCAGGAGCAUUCAGCCAUUUCUAGAUUAUUCAGAGUAAUGAGGAGAAUGGAUGGAUUGCUCUAGUCCGCAGAUGAGCCAAAUAAUAUGCAAAUCAUAUACCCAUUCAUAGCAUUUGUUAACAUUGCUUCUCUGCUCGACUGCUGAUUGAAUUCUGUGUGCUUGUAUAAAUUAUGUCAGAAAUUAUACUGCACAGUUGAGAAGACAGCUGUUGCUGCAGUGACAUGACAGACUGGAACAAUGAAGCUUUUGGUUUAAGUCAUCCAGGAAGAUCCUUCUGAAUGGUAAUGUGAUUGGGUGAGAGCUCAUAACCCAUACCUCAAGUGGGUGGGAGUUUUAUCUCCAUAUUCCUUUGCUCUCUGAAGGAAUAAAAGGCCUUGAUCAAGUGCUGGAUAAUUGACCAUUGUCUCAUGGGCAUCUAAAAGAAAAGAAUUAUCAGGAAAUAAAUUUGUAAUAUAGGUAACCAAGGAUAACAACUAGGGUAGACAAGAAUAGGACAAAAAUAGGCCAGAGUCCUUGAGGUGAUCUCGGUCUCUUGAUUUGCAGCUGGAGAAAAUGAUAGUCUAUCCAUGAAGCCAGUAUAUGCCUCCCAGUAACAGUGAGCAUGAUGUAAGGUGUAGUGACCAUAUUUUUAAAACCAAAAAUCUAGCAUGUGAAUGAAGAACAUGACAACAUGAGAAACCUGGGACACAUGGUUGCUGUGGUUAUAGGUAAUAUUUAAGACAUUCAUCAAGAUCUGAUUUUCUUUUACCAAAAUAACUCAAAUAUUAUCUACUACUCAUCACCCCUUUAAUACUCUUCACUCCAUCUCUUUCUGUCCUGAGUUUAUUGAAUCAUGGUCUUGUACUGAGUGCUGCCAAAACAACUUUUGUUCUCUCCCUGCCUACCCGCAGCUGGUUCAGUAGAAAUGUGUGGAGCCAGAGGGCUAUACUGAUUUCAGCCCUCAGCACAAAGGAAACUAGAUGCCUGCCUAUGCCUCCAGCAUGUGUUAGUGCGGAGUAGCUGUCUUCUCCCUUGGAGAAUUGCAGCCUCAAAGUGAAACCUGUUUCAAGGAGCUUUCUCCCCUCUGCAGAGUGGCCAUAGGCUAAGCGUGCUUAAAUGUGCAAGUCUCAGGUGCUCAAAGUAUAUUUUUCCUGUUUAGUCCUCUUUCAAAACAUCUUUCUAUGCUGAAUUUCUUCCAGUAAUCAGUAUUAAAUGAUCUCCCUUUCUACAAGAGAUUAUUAGAGUUUUGCCCAGUAGUGUCUGCCAAGGACAGCCUAGCAGUUCUUCUGAUCCCUGGGCUGGGUAGAUGGCCUUCAUGUUAAGAUCAACUUUUGGGAAAGUCAGCCUGGAUGGAAGCAACCAUUUUAAAUCUGGAGAGCACCAUAUUGUUUUUUCUCCUUCAAAUAGCAAUCCAGUUUUUGUCUGCUCUAGGGAGCGUUUGGACCCGUGGUUCUGACAUUCAGAAGUCUUGGUAGUGCUUGGCUGUCUCUCAGCCGUGUGUGCAUACUGCUUUUUGUUGCUUGUGAAAGGUUGGUUCUGUUCCCAUAGCUUGGACAGUUAUUACUCUUUUUCAUUCCACCUGUAGUCACCCUGCAGCCCAUUUUCCUUAUAUUCAGGCCAAAUCAGAGGGCACUGAAAAAGGCUUUUGGGAUUUUCAUCUUGAGAUCUGUGGUUUAGCCCACCUCACCUGAGGUACAGUGAGAGGUCAGAGGGAACUGUGUUGGGCUCAGGAGUGAUUGUCUCUGCCCUUAGGGUUAAAAUUUGAGGGCCUUUAAAUACUAUGUUAAAAUGACAUGAGAACCCCAUUAGAUUUGAAAUGAGGAAGCUUUCUCUCACAAAUCAGGUUAAAGGAAAAGGUCAUUUUGCACCCAGGACCCCAUCCUUUUGGUUUAGAUAUUUAGAGUAAAAAUUUAUGUUGAAGUCUGUACUUUUGUUAUUGGACCACCAAGCAUUCCUGUGUCAAGGCAGAGAGAGGAAAUGUCUGGAGCCAGUGUAUUAAAAUUUAAUGCUGUCUUUGCCUACUAAUCAUGAAAAUUAUGUUCAAAAAUAGAGAUAUUACCAACUUAACACCCAUAAGCAUAUGCUCUGAAUUGGGUACCCCUCCCACCCAAUUUACAUUGAACUGUCCAAAUUCUACUCAUAUUAGAAAACAUUAACAUUGGUUUCAUUCAACAAAUAUUUUUUGGCCUGGGGAUACGAAGUUCAAAAAGAGGCCAUCUCUGCCCUCAAAGAAUUUUCACACUGGUGUGGGAUGGACUGACCAGUAAUAGUUCCAUGUAAUAAAUGCUACAAAUGAGUACAAAUUUCUGAUUUGGGGGCAGAGAUAACUGGCUGCUUUUGGUACAGUAUGUGGCCCUACAGUGGUAGAGUGAUUUAAACUGGUUCAUAUGUGGAAAGGACCUGUAACCUUGGGUGAACUUAGUUAAUUGGCUGUAGAACACAACAAGGGCUUUAUUACAGGAGAUAAAUAUAGCAGAAGGUUAGUUAGAAAUGCCAUUAUCACCAAGAGAGAAAACAGGUGAGUGGGGAUUGGGAACCCCUGAUUUUGGUCCCUGUUUAGACCCUGCCAAAGUAUUUAGUGGUAUAGUUAAUCCUUACUUAUGGAAAGCAACUAUGUUGCAGAUCCAGUUUUGUAGAUGAUUUUCCAUGAUUGUGGGUUCUGUAACAACAUUUAUUCCUCAUGGACAUUUUAUCAGAGUUCCUCAGAUCUUUUUCAAUUUCUCAUCCCUUUUGGAGGAAUGAAUAUGAGGCUGGCUUUAAGCCUAAAACGGACGUACCUUCCAAUGACAAGAAAUUUGCUAAAAAAGAAGGCUUGGGCACAUUCGUUAAUACCUGAGCAUGUAUUCUGGGAGUAUAGUUUGAUUCAACACUGUGAGAGGGUGAUUUCUAAGCAGGGACUUGUGUCAAUUAUUUGGAAAUCUCCAGUAAUGCACAGAUCCUGGAGUCUCAGAUUUAAUCAGUCCAAGGAGGUCUAGGGUGAAGCUUAGCCUGGUUAAGAAACAGUCUGACCUUAAGAAAGACCUCAAUUUCUGACCCAUGUGACCAUAAGAAAAAGAUGUUUAUUUCUGCCUAGAUAAUUGAGAGUUGACUAGCUUUGGAAGUCAAGAAUUCCCAGGGAUUAGCAUAACUGUUUUGGAAAGUUAAAGCAUGAAGUUCUUUGGAUAGCUUCAUAAAAACAAUUCUAGUUCCUUUUUGCUUGUGCUGAAUUUCUUGAAUUUUAAUCUACCUCAUGCUGUCUUUUUAGAAUUACUUCAACUUGUUGUUGCCACUUUAACAUCAUGCUUGACUUUGGUUUUCUAAGAUGGAGUUUUUCGUAUUCAUGGAUAGUUUGUUCUCUUGCCUUUUUAUCCCGGUCCUCAUUUCACCUGACAUUAUCUCAUGUUGCUUCUCUAACAGAGAAGUGUUUUAAAAUAUUUUCAAGUCGUGUUUUGUGAGAAGAAAGUGAUCUUCCAAUGCUGUUUGUCUCUGAGGUCAGUAAGAAAAGGAAUUAAAACAAGGUCGUGGGGGAGGGGUGGGUCCUGCACUGGAGGCAAAAGCUCACAAGGAAAGAGCCAUUAAUUAAGACAAUUUCAAAGUCAACUGAUUGUGGUCAUUAAUGUCAUAAUAGAUCAAAACCUAAUUAUCACAGCCUAGGUAAGAGCCAUCAGUAUUAAUCGGAAAAUCUAAUAGGAAACUAUUAUCAAGAAAUUAGGCCAAAUUGAAUGCAGUGAACUUUUUAUCUUGUCAUUCCCUAUUUUUUUUGGUGAUGUCGCCUGGUACUGGCAGGUGUGACCCUAACAGUUAAUCCAAGCCCAAUUGGCCAGUUUUUUCAUGCUUUUUAAGGAAUUUUUUUUUAAGGAAUUUCAAACAUAGACUGAACCUGAAUUGUCAUUGCUGAAAGAUCAAUCUUGGGCUUUCUAAUCACCAGGACUUGUCCAGUGUGAUCAGCAAUCAUUGAAAAAAAUUAUAUUUAGGUCUUGGAAUGGUUCCUGGAACUAGAGUAUCCCUGGUGAACAUUCUACUGUGUGUGCUGAUAAAUCAUUCUUUGAGCUUCUGUUGUAGAGUCCUGUUGCACUGGCUACUGUGAGGGAAUAUGGAAAAAAGGAGGGGUGUUCUACCUGGAAAUUCUUUGAGAACACCUGAAAAGAGAGUUUGAUUCUGUCACAGUACUCUUAAGCCUCAAGUCAGUGUUUUCCAGUUUCCAGUAGUGUUAGGAUUUGAUCCUAAACCAGGGCUGGCUGCCCCCAUCCUAUAGAUUUAGGAUAAGGGACAUAAUGAUUUCUACCAGAAUCCAGAGUAAAUCCAAAGGGGGAAAAAAAAUCGACUCUUUUUUUCUUUUGUCUUUCUUUUGUUAUACUUCUGGCAGGAAGAAAGAAUAUUACAGGGGUCUGUAUGACUAGUUACAGAGAAUACUUCAUCCCCUCUCCCUGAACAAAAAAGCAGGGGUCACCAUUUAUAUACUUAAUCUUGAGUUGUUUAUGAAGACGCUGCAACUGUUGAAAUUGAGCUGAGGCAGAGAGGUUGGAAAGAUGUCCUCUGGGUAUCGUGAGGAGGGACAUGAAGCAGCAGGAGGGUGUUUGGUGGUGCUAGGAUGCCUAUGCUACCAACCCUGCAGCUCUACAAGAGCACUACCAAGACCGCUACUGGGGAAAUGAUUCUUAUUGUUCAUGCUUAAGUGUGGUGUUGCUUCUUUCUGGGUUUUAGGAAUUUGGGUUACUUAAUACAAAACUUUUAAGAAAUCAGUAUGACUUAGUCCUUAACCUCUUAUGAUAAAGUAAAUAUUUCUUUAUAGAAGAAUUCAUGUCCUUAAAGUUUAAAAUGUAAUUUUAUUUUCAGAAUAUCCAUUAACACAUGACUUUCAGAAGCAGUUUGUUUCUCCAAGUUCCGUCACACUAUGCUAUAUAAAUAGUAGACCCUCAGUUUAUACUUGUGGGUUGAUUGAGUUCAUCUAGUUUGCAGAGUGAGGCAUACCUACCAACUUCCUUUUGCUCUUAAAUGCACUCUGAGAAGUAAAAUGCUGUAGGAAGUGCAAUAAGAAUUGAGUGGAUGCUGACUCUGUGCCAACCUCCUCAACUGAUUCAUAAUGGCUGACCUUGGGCAAGUCACUCCUUUCAAUGCCUCAGUUCCCCGUCUGUCAAAUGGGGGUAAUAAUACUGACCUACCUCACAGGGGUGUUGUGAGGCAUUGUAAAUCAAAGUUGAUAGAAUAGGGUCCUCUAUAAAGGAUGCCUUGAGCCGAAGUUUAAACCUGGCACAGGCUUUAGACCUCACUGAGUUGUCUCCAAGAGUGGAACUACUUAGUGACCUCGGCAGAUUCUCUGCCCCCCACCCCUCAUCAAAGCUGCUAGUUCUGAUGUUGACAGUGUUUUCAUGAAUGUUGGAGUCUUAAUAGUCCAGACUUAGGGUGUUAUGAGGGAAGGCACUUAGUAUUUUCUAUGUCUUACAUUCACAAAGAGGCUAUUUCAGACCCAAGAGCAUUGGAUUAGGGAACCAUGAGGCAGGGAUGCUACUGCUUGUUUCUCUCUAUAAGUUGGGAAUUAAAGUCCCAUUCCCAAUGGGUUUGAAGCAGACUUGGACUGUCUCAGGAGCGAAACAAUCCUCGAGGGUUUUGAUUUAUAUCAUUGCUUAUCACUUCCCAAACUGAUCCCCAGGACAAUGGGGUUGCUGCACCCCUUUGUGGUGUCUGUACCUGAGUCUCCGCCUUCUGAUAGGAACCAGCUGGUUCAGUAAACAUAACCGCCUCCUCAUCCCCCACCAAAAAAGAGCUACAUUGGAAUGUUUUUUUUCUAGAAAUAUGUGAAACACUCAGAAUUGGGCAUUGAUCCUUAAACCUUCAUCCAAUUCACUGUAUUCAAUAUCUCAUCUCUUUCUCAGUGUCCACAGUCUGAACCUGACCUUCACCUUUUUUCCCUCUGGUUUGAGAGAACUUUGAAUGCUAUUUCUAUUUGCCCAGGUGUGGGCUCAAGAGCCUUAAUCUUUCCAUCUAAGUUUAGGGGCUCAGCCAGUUCUUCUUCCCAAUAGGGCUCUUUCUCCUUUCCCUCUCUUUGGCCCUAGAUUUGUAACCCAUGAAAAAGCACAAGGUCCUGGCCCCUUGCAGUCACAUUCUGGUUGUCUGUGUUUUGUGGACUCUGCUCCCACAGUUUACCCAGCACUGGCGGUACCAGACGGUUCUGUGGAGUUCUGGAGGAUAGAGAGCACAGUCUGACGUCCUGCCAAGUCGCCAAGAGUCGAUUCAUCCGUGGCCUGCUGGCUUUCCCACCACUUCCCACAGGAUGGGAUCUAAGAGACUUAAGAGGCUGGGUUUCUUUCAGCAUUCUGUACCAUCCUGAGUAGCAGAACAAAUCACACUUUGUAGCCAGAUUUCUGAAUAGAAAUGAGAAAUUGAAUUCUCUGGACUUUUUGGUUUGUGGGGGAGUUUUGGUUGUGUUUCUUGGUUUUAUUUCAGCCAAACAUGUCUGCUUUUGUUUUUUUUUUUAAAGGAUAAGUGAUCUAAAUAUGUGUUCGCCUUUUAAAUGUAAAUGUGUAAAAGUAGGCAUUUAUGUGUUUCCACAACUGACAUCUGAUGUAGACCUCAUUCUCUCCCCCUCUUCCACCCACCUCUUUUCCCUCUUUUCAUACUCUUGUAUUGGUUCUAAUAAAUGGUUGCUUUUCAAA